UGCCACUAUAUCUAAUAAUUUUGAUGUCGUGAUUUGGGCUGUGGCUUCUAAAGAUUUGAAACUCUAGAAGAUUCAAGAGCAGAUUUGGGAAAAAAUUGGCAUUUCUGAUGAGAAAUGGAAAAAGAAAAGCUUCCGUGAGAAAGCGGAUGACAUAUUCCAUGUACUGAGCAAAAAGAAAUUUGUAUUAUUGUUAGAUGACAUAUGGCAGCGUGUUGACCUUGAAGAAAUUGGGGUUCCUUUUCCUACAAGACAAAACAUAUGCAAGAUAGUAUUCACAACACGCUCUUACAAAGUAGGCAGCCAAAUGAAAUCUGAAAAGAUGAUAGAAGUGAAACCUUUGGAUUGGGAAGAAGCUUGGCCAUUGUUUCAAAAGAAGGUUGGGGAUAUUGAUCUUGAUAUUGUUCCUCUGGCUCAAGAUGUUGCCAAAGAGUGUAGAGGAUUGCCAAUCGCUCUCAUUACCAUUGGUAGAGCCAUGGCCAGUAGAAUUACAAGGGAAGAAUGGAAGCAUGCUCUUAAGGCACUAAGAAGUUCUGCCUCAAGCCUACCAGUAAUGGAGGAUGAGGUAUUUCAAGAUAUGGAGGUUGAGUUAUUUGUACGAUUGAAAUUUAGUUAUGAUAGUCUGAGUAGUGAUAAAGUUAAAUCUUGUUUCUUAUAUUGUUCCUUGUUUCCGGAAGACUUUGAAAUUCCCAAACGUGAAUUGGUAGAUUAUUGGAUUUGUGAGAAUUAUGGUGAUCGCAAUGAAUCAUAUUCUAUAAUCGGUUCACUUGUUGGGGCAUGUUUAUUGGAAGAGCAAGGCAAACGUGUGAAAAUGCAUGAUGUAAUUCUUGACAUGGCUCUGUGGAUAGCCUGUAAAUGUGAAAAGAAAAGCACAAGUUUUUUGUGGAAGCGGAUGCCCAAUUAACUCAAGUAUCAGAGGUUGGAAAAUGGGAAGGAUCAAAACGGAUGUCCUUGAUGGCAAACUCCUUUGAAAGAAUCCAUGAAGUUCCUAGAUGUCCUAAUCUCUUGACUUUAUUUCUAAGCGAUAAUCAUCUUAAGGGAGAUCGGUGAUGGUUUCUUUCGAUUUAUGGAUAUACUAAAUGUUCUAGACCUCUCAGGCACUGGUAUGAGGGAAU